CAGAGGAGACGGCAGUGAGUGAGCCCUGGCAGAGUAACAUUUUGCAGGCGAAAGGAGAGGCAGCAGCACCGUCAAGCUCCAGGCUGGUACGAGCUACCUUGCAUACUCAGCCAACCUUGAGCUUUUUCCUCUUUGCACUCUGGGUCUCAGUGCAAAAAUAUAUUUUUUUAAUAAAGAGGCAGAUUUCCACCAGCAUUCUCUGCAAGCUGACUGGGUUUCCCACCCCCCUUGCUGCAUAACUUUGGGGGGACAAGAAGAAGAACGAGGAGGAGAAAGGGGUAGCCUCUUGCUCCCCCUCCCUCCCUCCUCGCCAACUGAAUCUCAGCUCGCAUCGUCGCUAGACAUGAAUGACAGCUGUCAGCUGAACAGGAUGGCAACUUUGGAUACUAACAACAAUGCUCCAGGUGGUGUGAUCAGCUACAUUGGCUCCAAUGGUUCUUCGCCGAGCCGCACCAGUCCCGUCUCUCUGUGUGGCAGUGACAGUUCCAACGGCAGCUGCCAGCUGUCCUCACAACCCACCUUUCCCAGCUACUUUCCACCUUCACCCACUGGAUCUCUGGUGCAGGACUCUGGACGCCCUUAUGGAAGUAGUUCAGUUGGGCUCCGUGAUGACGCCUCCCCUUCCUCCUCCUCGUCCUCCUCGUCCUCCUCGUCCUACAGUUCUGGAGGCUCCCCAGUGGGGCUGCAGGUGGCCUUGGAGAACGGGAGGCGCAUCUCCCCAAACAAAAGCACCAGCAGCAGCAUCACAAAACUCAAUGGGAUGGUCCUCCUGUGUAAAGUCUGCGGGGAUGUUGCUUCUGGGUUCCAUUAUGGUGUCCAUGCUUGUGAAGGCUGCAAGGGUUUCUUCCGGCGCAGCAUUCAGCAAAACAUCCAGUACAAAAAGUGCCUCAAGAAUGAGACGUGCAACAUCAUCCGGAUCAAUCGGAAUCGCUGCCAGCAGUGUCGCUUCAAGAAGUGUCUGGGGGUCGGCAUGUCCCGAGAUGCUGUACGCUUUGGGCGCAUCCCCAAGCGUGAAAAGCAACGGAUGCUGGCUGAGAUGCAGAGCGCCAUGAACAACAUGGCUAACAACCAACUGAGCGCACAGUGCCCGCCUGAGAACUUACCCACGGGACACCCACAGGCCGCCAACCCUCUGUUGUGCCACCAACCCCAGCUGGCCCCCGGCUCCCCCCCACGCCACGCAGCCUCGCCACCUCAGGCGUCCCCUUGCUUCUCCCAGUUCUCUCAGCAGCUGACGCCCCCGCGCUCCCCAAGCCCUGGUGAUGUCAUGGAAGACGUCAUCUCGCAAGUGGCCAAGGCCCACAAGGAGAUUUUUGUUUAUGCCCACGACAAACUGGCCAUGGGGCCUCCACCACCCAUGGAGAGCGACAACUCUCUCAGCUGGGAGGACAGCUGGCUGACCACUGGCUACCACAGCACUGGGCUCUGUCAUCAGAAUGACAACUGGAACCCCGGCACCGCCCCAAGCAAUGCUUGUCACCAGAACAACAUCAAUGGACAUCGUUUUUGCCCCUCUGGCUAUUCCUCUGGGGAGACAGAUCCCUCCGUCGGACAAGGCUGCCUGCGGCAGAGCCAGCCCAGAGACAUACUCUUGGCAUGUCCGAUGAAUUGUCAUCCACAUGGUCGCAGUGGCCGCACUGUCCAGGAGAUUUGGGAGGAUUUCUCACUGAGCUUCACUCCUGCUGUACGAGAGGUUGUGGAAUUUGCAAAGCACAUCCCUGGUUUCCAGGAGCUGUCACAGCACGACCAGGUCUCUCUACUCAAAGCUGGCACAUUUGAGGUGCUGAUGGUUCGAUUUGCCUCCCUCUUCAAUGUCAAGGAGCAGACGGUGACGUUCAUGAGCCGUACCAAGUAUAGCCUUGAGGAGCUGUGGGGAAUGGGCAUGGGUGACCUACUUACAUCGAUGUUCGAGUUCAGCGAGAAGCUUGGUUCCUUGGCACUCUCAGAAGAAGAGCUGGGCCUCUUCACAGCGGUGGUGCUGAUCUCUGCAGAUCGUUCUGGCAUUGAGAACCCAGCAUCUGUGGAGCAGCUGCAGGAGACGCUGAUCCGAGCGCUGCGGGCCCUGAUCCUCAAGAACCACCCCCAGGAGACGUCCCGCUUCACAAAGUUGCUGCUUAAGCUGCCUGACCUCCGCACCCUCAACAACAUGCACUCCGAGAAACUGCUCUCCUUCCGCAUUGACGCUCAGUAGAAGGAGGGGAGGGCGCGCAGACUACUGGCCCACCCAUCCUGCCCCUCCCUGCAUCAUUGCACUAACCAGACUGCUGCUCUCUGGGCCUGGACUCAACGAACUAUUUAUACUGGCGUAUAGCCGCCGCUGCCCCUACCUGCUCUGAAGCAAGCGGCACAGCCGUAUUUGUAAAUAUAUCUAUGUAUAUUGGAGUUGUGUGAAUAGAACGACACUCUUCCCUGAUGUGGCACCAGCCACAUGGGAAUAAUAUAUUGAAAGCAAAAUGCCUGGAUGGUCUUUUUCCUGAGUCUUUCGCUUCUUGUCCCCCCUCUUCUUUUCAAAAUGCUUCCUCAAGGUGGAGGUGGGGUGAAGUGACGCUGA